GCGUAUUUCGGGGAGGUUUGGUGAAGUAUAAAGAUCCCCUGGCCCAUCGCUUCUUUUCUUUCACUCGUCCAUCGACUCUCAUCCAGCUUUGCAAGCUCUCUUUUCGACACAAGAUGUACUCUCUCAUCUUCGCUACAAUGGUCGCUCUUUCUGUAGCAAACCCCCUGGGUGACGUUGCUCUUUUCCCUCGCCAGACAUCUACGCCCUUCUGCUCCCAAGCUUUCGCCAGUUGCACGGAGAUCAGUCAGCGCAGGUCCGCGACCUUCUAUUGCGCCUCUCUGCUCGGGACAACCAUCGAGACUGCAGUCGCAACCCAUUACACCAUCGUCCCUCUGACGUGCGGUGGGGCGAGUGCAACGGAUGCUGCCGCAGCCAUGGCCGCGACCACGUCCUUCACCAAGCCCCACGGUCAACCUACCGGUAGUCACCCUGAGCCAGCGUGCCUUCAGCCAGAGCAAACCGACAUUUCUUCGGUCUGCAGCUGCCUGUCCUUGCCCCCCACUGUCACCACCACGACUGCGGGACCCACCAGCACCAAAACCGGACCUUUUUCCAUCUCCGCGGCUGGUGGGCCCUUCACUCUGUCAACCUACUCCUAUGGGCCCACCGAAACCUUGGGCCCGACGAUCUACGGCGGUGCUUUUGGGGACGGGAGCAGCCCCAUGUUCGGCGGCCAGUACCGCGAUGAAUUCUACCUCACCAACCAUGGCGAGCUCGAAGACUUGACGGCCAUGAAGAAGUUCAUCUACGCUCAGCCCUACCACGAUCUUCAUCUAUUGUACCUCGGCUACUAUGAUGCGACGCUUGACAUACAUUGCACCAUCGACGACACGACUUGUCAUCUGACGUGUACUACGCACGAGCAGAGCACUAGCUAGCUGUGUGAUAACUUCCACCAGUGGAGACUCGGUCCCUCCCCGAAGCCUGUAAACGCCACAUACUGUGAGGAGUUUCAGCCUCUGGCUGUCGCAUAGGCGGGUGCGUUGCUCACUUUGAUUUGUGUAUGAGAGUGCCCGCGGUGUUUGGGGGCUGCUUUUGCCCUAUACGAUGUGCGAUGUGAUAUAUUUCUGAACAUUUGAUUGCCUCGAGCUUUGAAAGUACGGGAUUUCAUCAGCAAGCUAUGGCACGAUCUCCAGAGAAUGUCCACAAUGUUGAGGGAGAUUGAUCCACUUCGAGUGUUUGAUCCGGAGCAAGUAAUCCUAGCCAAGGAUGAUGAAAGCAAGGCUGAGGUCUGGUCAAGCUCUGUCUUUAAUUAGGCUACGUCAAAACUUCCCCG